AUGACAGAGCUGGCCAGGCCGUGGGAAAACGCGCCGGAGUCUCCGCCGGGCAGCCCAGUAACGCCAGGGGCUGGGCUUUUGGUGCCCCAAAGCCCUGCAACUGGUGUCGGUGCUGCAGCAACUUCAACGUCGAUUACGACAACAAAACCAACAACAAUGACAUCCGUGCAAGCACAGCAAAACGCCGUGGACAACCCCCAACAAGCUACAUCAGCCAACAACACGGCAGACACCUCGAACCGCUACGGGUCCGGCUACGCAUCUAGUUACGGAUCUGGGCUGGGGUAUGGCGGUCUUGGCACGGGCGGCAUGUACGGCGGUCUCGGCAUGGGUGGCAUGUACGGCGGUCUCGGUAUGGGCGGCAUGUACGGCGGUCUCGGUAUGGGCGGCAUGUACGGCGGUCUCGGUAUGGGCGGCAUGGGCAUGUAUGGUAUGGGUAUGGGUAUGUCGGAGGACUUUCAGCGCAGUCAAAUGACUUUUAUGCUAGUAGGACGUCUCCUGGAAAUGUGCGGCAUGUUUGCAGGGGUGAUUCAGACGACGUUUGGAAGUGCUCUUCAGUUCAUGGGCAACUACAUUGGGAUGAGUCAGCAGUACAACCAACUGAAGUCUGGCAUGUAUAUGGAUGAGAGCGGCAAAUGGGUACAAGCACCAAAGAGGAUAUCCGCCGACCGGAAUGCUUCGCAUGCCUCUCGUCGUCAAAAGCUUAUCAAGAAGAAGCAAAAGGGGAGCGCAUGGAUUGCCCUUCUAAGGCGACUUGGUUUCCUGCUGUUGGCUAUUCUGUUGGUGCGGAAGUUCACGAGCUGGUCUGCAGCGCGGCAGUUGGCAAAAGUUCAGCGGUGCAUGCCGAGUCAGGUGUAG